ACUGUGUCAAGGGGCAGGCUAACCACAGUCCUUACAAGAUCUCUGGUGGUUGACACCUAAUUUCUAUAUAAGGCUGGUUUAUUUUCUGAAGCGACAAAUUUACCAGCUAUGCGUAGGAUUUCCCAAACAGUCAAAAGUUCUACUUUACAUACAACUUUUUAACCAUAAUUCCAUAUAUGUCUUGGAAACAGGUCAAUGCCCCAACAUGUCUAUUCAUACAUAAGGCAUGCCUCGGCAUUGUCUUCCACCAUCAAAAAAAAAAAGAAAGAAAAAAGAGUGAAUAUAAAAAAUAAAAAAACCCAAAUAAAGAAAUUAAUAAUAACACAAAAAAUUGACAUUUUAGUCAGGAAGGAAUCAACCAGGAUGACGUUCUCUACAUGAGGCUCACUGCACGUCAUUUCCUGUGGGUUAUUCUAAAGAAGUUUCAAAGGAGUGUGAUCAUGACGAGUCCACGCAAUUUGAUUGUGAGACACAGAGGAGAAUGAAUGGUCAUGUAAAGAAUAUGCAUUUUCAACAGCAUGUGGAAAGAGCAGCAACAUUACUCUGCUUCCUGCUGCUUCUGGCUGUUGAUACAACAAAAACUGUGGAAGCAGGCAAAAACCAGGGGUGUGAUUCUGAUCUGCAAAAGACUCAGAAGCUCACCAGACUAAUACAUAAGCAAACCGGUGAUCUGAUCAAAGCAUAUAAAGCCUCCGAAGGAGAAAUGGCACAGCUUUUCUGCAAGGCUUCAAGGAGCGACAUCCCUGACCCAAACAUCUCUGGGCUGGAACCCUCAGAGAGGAUGGCAAGCAUAUACACACAGCUUCAAGCCUUCUCACCUCACCUGAAGAGGGUCCAAGAGCAGCAGAUGGACUUGCAGCCCCCCAAAAGCCUGCUUCUCGAUCUAAUUCAAAAAGUGAGAGAUCACAGCGUGAGGCUUACUUCUCGCAUUAACAACUUUUACCACAACUUCUUCCCAAACCUGCCUUUACCGGAUCCGGCAGGUGGACCCACGACACUACCACUGCCCCAGAACAUCUUCCAGCAGAAGAUAUACGGCUGUGUGGUGCUGACGACCUACAAGAAGCUCCUGAAUAACAUUUCAAAAGACAUGAGGACACUGAAAAGCAAAGUCUGCACGAGGGCAAGAUAAAGUUGAUUCGACCCCUUUACAUGACAUGAGGCUGGCCUUUGUAGGUCAGUAUCCAGCAGCACUUUACUUAUAAUAAACGACUUAUAAAAAGAUAAUUACGUUUGAAGAUGGCAGGUACAUCAGAAUAGUAUUGCCUAUUUAUGGUAUUUAAUAUUUAUUUUCUCCAAGUGUUCCUGGAAAGAGAAAUUUUGCUAAAAGUGUGAUAUAAUUAAAAGGCUAAUUGUGUCUUGUUUUCUAAUUUAAAUGUUUUUUGCUGUACACAGAACUGUAAACCGUUGUCCAUGUCUGGUUGUAAUCAGCAUGGAGAAUAAAAUGAAAAUGUAACUCAAGUUCACCCUUAUGUUGGAUUGUUUCUAUGGGCUCAUAAAGUCAUUUUUAUUUUCCAAAGUAUAAAAAG